GGGUGGGCGGGGCGGAGGCUGGACUGGUGUCUGGGAGGCUGGGAGGGGCUGCAGGCGCUCAGGCCGCCUUGCGUGGUCUUCGGACGCCCCCGGGUGUCUAUCCUAGGAAGGGCAGCGCCCGCCUCUUCCACGAGGGACUGUGGGCAGCAAGUCUGACUAGGGUGCCCUCCAGGCCUGCCCACACGCUGUUGCCCGCUCAUGUCCUGGCCCCCAGUGGUCUCCCCAGCUGCCCAGGGCUUGGACCUGCAGGCUGUUCUGGAGUGGUUCCUCCGGGACAGAGGGACCGCCAAGUCCUCGUGUCUGGGCAGUCACUAGCACUCCCACGUGCCAAUACAGAAGCCCGGGCCCAGCUGAACCCACAGGUCUCACCCUGAGACCCUUCUUGCCCACUCCGUCUCUUCCCCAUGCUCCCCUCAUGUGCACCCCAGGGCCUGGUUCUGCUGACCUGGGCAUGCCCUCCUGGCUCCGGUCCAGCUGCAUGGCGUGUAUGGGUCUGGCAGGUGCCCACAGCCGGCCCACAUCCCAGUCCUGCUGCACCGCCAUGGCGUCCCAGGGCCAGGCCUACUUGGGCCCCAAGUACGUGGGCCUCUGGGACUUUGAGGCCCGGACGGAUGAGGAGCUGAGCUUCCGGGCCGGGGACCUCUUCCAUGUGGCCAGGAAGGAGGACCAGUGGUGGUGGGCCACCCGGUUGGAUGACUUGGGCCAGGCCCUGACAGAGGGCUACGUGCCCCACAACUACCUGGCAGAGAAAGAGACUGUGGAGUCUGAGCCGUGGUUCUUCGGCCACAUCUCCCGCUCUGAAGCAACACACCGGCUGCAGGCAGAGGGCAGCUCGCCGGGCACCUUCCUGGUCAGGGUCAGCGAGAAGUCAGGCGCUGACUAUGUUCUCUCCGUGCGGGAUACUCAGGCUGUGCGGCACUACAGGAUCUGGCAGCACGAGGGUGGCCGGCUGCACCUGAAUGAGGCAGUGUCCUUCCCCAGCCUGCUGGAGCUCGUGGACUACCACAAGGCCCAGAGCCUGUCCCAUGGCUUGAGGCUGACUGUGCCUUGCUGGAAGCACCAGGCUGAGCCCCUGCCCCACUGGGCCGACUGGGAGAGGCCACAGGAGGAGUUCACGCUCUGCAGGAAGCUGGGGGCUGGCUACUUCGGGGAGGUCUUUGAAGGGCUCUGGAAAGGCCAGGUCCGAGUGGCCAUUAAGGUGAUCUCUCGAGACAAUCUCCUACACCAGCACACCUUCCAGUCAGAGAUCCAGGCCAUGAAGAGGCUGCGGCACAAGCACAUCCUGGCGCUGUAUGCGGUGGCCUCCUCAGGGGACCCUGUCUACAUCAUCACGGAGCUCAUGCCCAAGGGGAACCUGCUGCAGCUUCUGCGGGACUCUGAGAAGCAAGCUCUGCCCGUUUCUGAACUGGUGGACAUCGCAUCGCAAGUGGCAGAGGGCAUGCGGUACCUGGAAUCACAGAAUUAUAUCCAUCGGGACCUGGCUGCCAGAAACAUCCUUGUGGGGGAGAACAAUAUCUGCAAAGUGGGGGACUUUGGGCUGGCCAGGCUCAUCAAGGAGGACAUCUAUCUUUCCCAUGACCACAAGAUCCCUUACAAGUGGACGGCCCCAGAAGCGCUCUCCAGAGGGCAUUACUCCAUUAAAUCUGACGUCUGGUCCUUUGGGAUCCUCCUCCAUGAGAUUCUUAGCAGGGGUCAGACACCCUAUCCAGGCAUGUCCAACCAUGAGGCCUUCCUGAGGGUGGAUGCUGGCUACCGAAUGCCUUGCCCCCCAGAGUGCCCACCCAACGUGUACCAGCUGAUGAGUUCUUGCUGGAGCAGGGACCCUGAGCAGAGGCCUUGCUUCAAAGCCCUGUGCGAGAAACUCUCCGGCUUUGCCAGGUAUGAGAACCUGCUCUGAGCUGCCUCAGAGGCCACGUGGCCGGGCCUGCAGAGGGGCAACCUGGGCCCCUGUCCUGAGCAGCGAUCAAGGGCCUGCACUGUCCUCCGGCUACUGAGAUGAUGGGGAGAGAAAGCCACGGCAGCAGGAGGACACCACCCUGUCCCACUCCGCUGCUCACUGGCUCUCUCCCUCGAACUACAAGCUAUGGCGCCAGGUGGGGGAAGGACUGUCACACAGGGACAUCAAGAAGAACCUGAGCAGCAGGACUUGCUGAGUUCUUGCCAGCUUGCUGCCUCCAGAGCCUACUUUCUGUCCUCCAUCCUCAACCAGGGGUUACUGCUCCUUUGGGUCUUCGAUCCAGAGGCUCCAGGCACAUAAAUCUCACACUGAACAAAUCUGACUGCUUUUCUUUUGUUAACCUGUCCCCCAUUAGAAGGGUCUCAGCUGUGAAGCUUGCACCAGCAAGGAGAAGAUACUAAUUUUUCUCCCUGUGUCUUCUGGGGCCCAAAGAGUGGUGGCUGAGAUGCCCACUUCCCUCAGAGCCUGCAGAGACCAUGGAGAGCCAAGGAAAGCCAGGGAAAGGCAGAUUCUCUCCCUGACCUCUGCCUGAAGUGCCAAGUGGGCAGUGGGAGGUACAGAUUUGUCUCCUCUUUUCCAAAGUCAGCACAGCAGGAGGAAAUUUUAUGUAAGUUUGGUUUUGGUGCCCACUGACCCACUCUCGAGCGACAGCUGCUUCUGUCCUUGGAACAGAGGCAGGGGUGUACCACUGAGGGUCCCGUCUGGAUGAACUUGGAGCUCUGCCCUUGCUGCCUGCGGCCACAAAGGUCUCUUCCUCUUUUUGCUGCCUUGGGACAUGGUUCUGAACCUCCCCGCGCAGCGCCAUCCUGCGCUCUUUUGGGGAAUCGCCUGACUGUGAUGAAGUCAUAAAGGACUUACCAGUUUUGAUCCUGUUGGUGAAAGGUCUCUGGUUUAAAGGGAAUAAAAGGAGUCCAGUGCUUCCAGGAAUAUUUGCUGCUUGUUCCCGUGAAAGCUCUUAAGGGAACACUUGGAAGGUUUUUGAAGUGUUCUGGUCAGAGGUCGGCCUACCUGGGAGCCCAUGCUCCAGCAACCGUGUAAUUUCUAAGGCCUCUCUUCUCCCCUGGGCCUGCUUCACCCUGCCUGGUCCCACAAAGCAGUCCUCUUCCCCAGGUGUCCUCCUCUUGCGCUUCUGCUCUUCCCGUCCCCUGGGAGCUCCGCCAGGCCCUCUGCUCCCCUACACUAGCUCCUUGUGUACAUGGACAUCAGGGGUCCCCCCAAAGCUGCUACCUGAGGCUGACAAGAGGUGGAGUUGGACACGAUGACCUCUCUAGAUGCCUCCCAGCCACAGACUUGGCCACAGCCUGAUUGACCCCCAAUGAUAGGCGGCUAUGCUCCAGGCUCCCUGUCUUGAGAAAAGAAUCCUGUGUGCCUUUGAGAUGAAAAAAUUUUGCCCUAUCUUUCUAAA